AUGAAGACAUUUACCGCAACCCUCCUCUUUGGCCUUGCCGGCAUCGCAUUGGCCCGCACUGAUCUCGCUGGCUGCACCUCGUCGCAAACCACCAACCAGUGGCACGAAGCCAGCAUGAUCUGGUGGGUGCCCGAGAGCGGCGAAAUUUGCGAGUUUGUCGACUGUGGUGGUGGUCGCGCUCCUCCUAAGACUACCCAGCCUGGUUGCCCUCUUUACUCCGGUACUGCGACACUCACCCCCAACUACAUGCCUGGAUGGGGCCCCAAUGGCAAGAUCGCCGCGUCGACUACAACAGUUGCCCAAACCACCUCUUCUUCUUCCUCUUCCUCUUCCUCUUCCUCCGAGGACAAGACAACCGGUGACUCAACCGAGUCUGCUACCACUACAACCGACUCUAUGGUCACCCCUGCGCCGACUUCUUCCCCUGUCGUUUCUAUGACUACUGCGACCUCGUCUAUCUCGAAAUCUGGAAACGCCACCUCCUCCGCCGCAACCUCAACCAAGACAGGAAAUGCUGCCGGAGCAUUGUCCGUCAAUGUGGGAGGUAUUAUGGUCAUUGCUGCUGCUGUCAUGGGUGGAAUGGCAUUGUAA